AUGGGUAUGUGAUGCCAAUGUUUUUGUGUGUGUGUUUGUGUGUGUGUACACCUAUUAUUAUUAUUAUUUUAUUGCUUUUUGUGCAUGGAUAUUGUUCGAUUUAUCGGUUCGCCUUUCAAGAGUUCUCGCAGAAGUACUGAAUGAUAGUAGCGGGUUACUGUAACAGAGAAAACUAUUAUCUUUUUUAACUAAAUUUGGCUUCUCCUCCUUUGAACUGUUGGAAAAUGCGAAAAACUUACUAAAAAGCCACUAAACACUUUAAUCUCCCGCCGCCUUUCCCGAUGUUUACAGUUGAGCCUACAAAAGAACGGCAUCGUGUGCGGUUACCAAAUUUUUCGUAUUUUUUCUAUAAUCUCCAGAUGAUUUUCGUCAUUUUAAGCGCUCGUGGGGGUCUGGAGCAUUUUUUUGAAGUUAGUUAUGAUUUUUCCAAGUUGAGCGAGUUGGUUUUUGCGAAAAUUUGUUGUUCCCUACCAUAACUUACGGUUUCUCCUAUUCCUUGGCUAAUUGAGAAUCUCUCGAAUUUAUUUGUAGAGAUACGUGUAUCAGACGCCAAAAUUCAGCCUCAAAAUGACCCGCGAAAAGCGAGGAGAGACGGAGGAGGGAAAAGAGAGUCCACAGAGCGAUUGGACUGUGAACAGAGAGAUCGGAGGGCGAGUUUUACCACUUGGCAAACAUUUGAAAACCCGCCGUCCGGGCCAAUUCGACCGACCGAGGACUGUCUGACUCACUUCCAUCUGCCACCUAUCUGACUUUUUGAUUUGUACCGUAAUGGAAGAGCAUUGUUGAAAUAACGUCCAUUCAAAACGAUGCAUCUCAGCUGCCAAUUGAGAUAUCAAAAAGUUGUCAACUAGCAAAUUGCUCGUUAAGAUAUUCUGCACAUUUUAUCAGUUGACAACGUUUUGAUAUCUCCACAGACACCUGAGAUACAUCGUCGCUUCAUAGAGAAUUACAUGUGUUUAUGGUUCCAUUUAUGUCCCUUGCAAGUUCGCUUUGAAUUCGACUCUUCUUCCAUGAACUCUCGUUUAUUUGCAUUCCGAUGACUGAGCACAUGACUUUGUGCGGGAUUACUGUAUCCGAGCGGCGCCAAGUUUGAACAGAUGGCAAAAGGGAAACGAGGAAUACCGUUUCAUCCAAUCUUUUUAAAAGUUUCGCUAUACCACACUCGCUAAUUUUCAACGAAUUCUAAUUAAUAUGCGGACGUUUCACUGCAAUCACGCUCUGUUGAGAAAGUUUCCCAGUGAGAAGCAGAGAAAUGACCCUAUAAUAACUGCUCCAACUCUUUUUGCAUGUUUUCCGUUUCUCGCUCCGGGCUACGCUGUGCAUGGUAGAAAAACCGAUAAUCGUACAAAGUUAGAGCCCGAUCCGAUAGCUAAUCUUGCAUUUUUCACUUCCAUUUUCAGUUUCAACUCCUUUCCAACUAUGCAAAGUGUUUGUGUCACUGAUCGAGACGAAAUUAUUUCCACUAAAUCUUCAGAAAAGUAUUUAUUGAUCUUGAUCGAUUAGGUAUCUUCAAAGUAUUCCAGAUUGAAAAUGAGAACUUGCUGUUUCAUCUGGUCUUUUCAAAUCUUUUCCUAAUUUAAUUCCUAAUUCAAAUCUUUUCCUAAUUUAAUUAAGUCGCUAUGAUGUCAGUAUGCACGGCGACCAAAAACGUAGAAAGGGGCGUGGCCUAACGCGUGCACGGUUUGUCACCAUUUUGGCGCGAAAUUCGAAAUUUAACCCCAUUUUUCAUGUUUUUCGUCAAAAAUUACCCGAAUUUUGUACGAUUUCGACGAUGUAAUUGCAUAAUAACUUUGUUAAACUAAUCAUCGCGGCACUUUUUGAGCUUAAAACGAGCAGGUUUCAUUCAGAAAUGAAUCAAUUGAAUCGAUUUUCAAGUUUUGUGCUGAAAAUGCGCGAAUUUCAGUCAUUCGCCAAUACUUUUUUGCCGUUUGAACGCUUAAAAUACUUGUAUUAACGUGCUUAAUCACUUCCGACACUCACUUCGUCUCAAAACUAUCCACAUCGGCCGGUAUGAAAAUUCCGAAAUUGCGGCGGAGGGCCUAUUGCGAAUGAUGCCAAAAACGUCUCAAACGCGGCGUUUUCACGAAAAUUUCCAUGUUUUCUCUCUGUAAUGUCUCUUCUUUCGUCGAUAUCAAACGCAAAUAUAUCGGAAAAGUGCUGAAAUUUCGGCAAUUUUCAGAAAACGCGUCUCAGACUAGGCCACGCCCCUUUCUACACUUUUGGUCGCCGUGGUAUGCACUAUCUCGAAAAUGUGGAAAUCAUCGGGUUGAAGAAGUCGUUGGCAUUCAAAAAAUGCUAUCGCUGAAACUGCAAAACACAGAUAUGUGCCCCAUAUUUCGCGAAAAAGAGCUCAAACUUUCACUGAACACUCUCGAGUCCUAAACCAAUCAGAACGUGGUCAAAAAUGAGCAUAAAUGUCAGUUUCAACGACUUUUCAAUUAUUAUUAUUAUUAUUAUUACUAUUAUUAAUUAUUUACGUUUUAUUUUUUAACGAGAAUAUGAAAACUUAUGAAAACUUAUGAAAGAGAUUAUGAAAACUUUUGGAAACGGGAGAAUGCGCGACAUACAUUUCUUUUCUACUUUUCUACAAAAAUCAAAGCUCAAGCGUACUUCUUCGGCUCGCAAAAAAGCCACGUCACUCUCUCGUGUCCCAUCCACAUUCCGUCACGUUCGUCCGUAUCCUAGCAAAUCUCCCCGCCUGCCCGCCCGAAACGUUUCUCUCUUUUUCGGCAAUCCUCCAUUUCCGCCCCGAAUUUCCGCCUAAAAAUGCCCAAAAAAGUGCGGAAAUCGAAGAAAGUUCGUCCGAUUGGAGAACCGAAAACGGAGAAAUCGAAGAAGGCGAAGCGUUCAAAAGUUUCGAAAGUCCCCAAGAAUCGCAAAAACAAAGCACUGAAAAAGGCGGAGAUUAGAGUGAAACCGAAAGUAUUGGAUGAUUACGGCUAUAUUCUGGGGCCGAACGGACCGAAAGUUCGGAGAGGUGAGUGCGUGCCACGUGGAUUCUGUUUCACUGAAUGCACUUGGUUUUGAUGUUGUUGAGAAAUCGAAUUUCUGAAGCUCACCCUAUUUUUCCGGUUGAAUCGUCAGUUCCACUGGAGAACUUUUACAGAACUUUCCCCCAUCACUUCCUCUUACUUUUUUCGUUAUUUAUUCCGAAAGAAAUGAGUCACAGGGUAUUAAGUUCGCCCCCCUUCCUUCCUUCGUUUUGGCUCUUUUUCGGGUGACUCACCUCACUCGCCACUUUUUCUUAAUCACAGUUUCACAACGAACAUUAGUUCGGCACAACUGUAUCGCCCCGUAUUGUCCGUACAAAUUCCAUAAAACUAAAAUUAUCGAUUUUUCCCAUGUACUCCAGUUGAUUUCCGUUAUUUUAAGCGCUCGUGGGGGUUUGUGGCAUUUUUUUGAAUUUAGUUAUGAUUUUUCAAACAUUUUGUAGAAUCUGUGGUCUGUGUUGACAAUUCUCGGCCACAGAAGUCGACAAUAUUUGUAUGUUGACAGAGAAGAACGUUUUCGUGAAGAAAUUGAUAUUGAAUGCCCACUUUUGAUUGUUUCGUGGGACUCUCCAUCGUUUUCGCGCUUCAAUCUCAUAUCAUUUUCGUCGAAUUUUUCCAUUCGGCAUUGUGAAGGCUUGUUCGGAUCGGAAACAGUCCCCCCUUCACCUGAUAAUCCGCUCCGCUUAUGCAAAUUGACGCUCUCUCCGCCAAAUAUACCAUUUGCGCGGCCUUCUUUCGCCGUUUCAUACUCGUUUCAUCACACUCGAACUUUGUUAUUGUUGUUCUUUAAAGUGCUCCCCUAGGUUUGGUUAAACUCCUAAUUUUGAGAGAAUUCGGUCCCGAACUUCUAGGACCUUGCUUUUCUAAACUACUUCAGUUUCAACAUCACCAUGAGUCUUCUUGAAGCAUUAUUUAUGUAAUCGCGAAAAGAAGAAAACCGUUCCAAAAAUUCACUCGAACUUUUCCGCUUUUCUUCCAACUCGACCAGUUCGCCGUGCAAAAUGAAUUUUUCGGCAGAGAAAAACGACCAUCACUUCCGAAGACGUACAUAAAGUGAAGUGAGAGUUGUGAAACCGAAAAAGUGUCCGGUUUUUCCUAAAUACAGAUAGUUUUCUGUUUCAAAGUUAUCGGAAGUAAACGUGUGGUUUCUACGACCGUAAUGCCUCUUGUUUUGUUGGAUAUUGCCAUUAUCAUAAUCGGACCAAAGACCACCUAAUGAGUCAGCAAUCACAAAUGGGUCAUUAUUUUCCCAAAAUCGUUUCCAUGCUACACACUUUCCACUCGACUGAUAAAGAAAGCGUCGGGCCGGCCCGUACUCUCUCAAACGUUUGUCUUGUGUUUCACAAUUUUUAAAAGUUCUCUGAGCUCUGUCUUUCGGGUAGUGGUCGCGCUCUCGUGCUCCCAAAAUGCUUCUCGACUUUUUGUUGCAUUUUCUCAGUUUUUCCAUCGAAAACACUUGGUUUUCGUCCGUUUUUUUAUCAGUGAUUCACCCGUUUUCCUUUCCUCCUCCCCUCUCCGUCACUAUCAGGCCCCGUUUUGACGCACAAAAACGUAUUAGUCACUCUUCUUCUUCUUCUUUUUCUUUUUCUGCUCCAAAGUGUGUCCAUGUGUACCGUGUUUUGUGACAUUUAUGGACUUUUAGGACGGGGGACACUGCAACUAGUUCACUAUCAAAUAUUUGAGUGAUUUCAGCGCCAGUUGCUCCGGUCUACGUGCCGCCACAACAGGCGUACAACGACAAACCGAUCGGUGAGUUUCAGUUCUUUCAUAAUUGAAAAAACUAUCGAAAAAGUGAGCUUCUGAGCUUUCCGUAACUGAAAUUCAUUGAAAGGUCCCAAGAAAUGACAAAAAUGAAACAGAAAACUUCUUUCACAAUUUUCCGCUGAAAAAGUGCAUUUCUACAUGAUUUUCGCGUUCCGAAUGGAUGGAAAACACCGGAAAUGUUAGCUUUCUAGCAUUUUCGGCCUCAAUCGUGACAAAAAUGCAUUUCCCGCCAAAAGUGCGGUAGAGCGCACUUGCUGACACUGGUUUGCUCAACUUCGAUUGCAAACUCGUUUCAGUUCGCGCCGAAUUGGUUUUGAGAAUGAUAAAUCACGUAAAUACAAGCAUUUUGAGCGUUCGAACCGCGAAAACUACCGAAAAGCAAUUGAAAUUCACGCAGUUUUAGCCAAAAACCUUCAAACGGAUAAAUGUGAUUUGCGACUUGACCAAAUUUAACGCUCUUGCGCUUAAAAAAUUCGUAAUAGCCUAUACAAUCGGUCUAUCGAAAGACAAAUGAGAAAUUAUCGGUUUUUCGUGGCUAAUCUGGCGAAAAAACACACAUUUUGCUGUUAAAAUUUGAAUUUCGCGCCAAUGUAUCGCUCUAUUGGGCGGGGCGCACUUGCGCCCAUUGUCAGCUCUGGAGACCGUUAAAACUCCUAAAUCAACGAACCGAAUUCGAAACGAGACAAAAUGAUCGAUCUGAAACCGAAAAUGAUUGUUUUUGCAGAAGAAAAAGCGGCGGCGGCGGCGACAGAAUCGAAGAAAGGCGGAGGCGGCGGCGGAGGGAUGUUCAGCUGGCUGCCGUGCUGUUCGAGCACUUCCGAAAAGGAGAGGAAUGCGCCGACGGAACGGAGACUGCGGGCCAACGAUAGGGAGUACAAUGCACAGUUCCGAUACGCGGUACGUACAUAUCAACUUUGUUAAUUUGUCAAAACGCCGCAACGAGUCGGAAAAAAGUGUUUGAAGUGAACGAAUGCUCGCGAAACAGUGAAUUUCAUCCAUCAACUACCGUUUUUUGUUUUGCAGGACAACCUGAUCAAGACGUCCAAAUACAACAUAAUCACAUUCGUGCCUCAGAAUCUUUUCGAACAAUUUCAACGGAUAGCCAACUUUUAUUUCCUAAUUUUAAUGAUUUUACAAGUAAGUUCUCACCUUACUUUUUAGUUAAAAAACCGUCUGCUUGUUACAGUUCGUGCCACAAAUCUCGUCGAUUUCGUGGUAUUCGACGGCGGUGCCUCUGGUCAUAGUACUCGCAUUCUCAGCCAUUAAAGACGGAUAUGACGAUGUGGUGAGUUCGCUGAGACGGGCAACUAGAGAAACAGUGAAGAGCAUUUCAGCAAAGACACAUAUCGGAUAGGAAUGUGAACACGCGCAAGUCGUACGUCGUCCGGAACGGCACUUUGUGUCCCGAGGAAUGGAGCAAUGUGAAAGUGGGCGACGUGAUUCGAAUGAUGAGCAAUCAGUUUGUCGCGGUCAGUUUUUGUGAACCUUUCCGCAUUAUUCAAAGUGUUGAUGAAACGGAAUUAGUUUGAGAAAGCGUACUUGCAAUGGAAUUGUCUGGGAAACAUUAAAAUCCAUUAUUUUCAGGCGGAUCUCCUGCUCAUUUCCACGUCAGAACCGCACGGAAUGUGCUACAUCGAAACGAUGGAAUUGGACGGUGAAACGAAUUUGAAAACGAGAGGCGCAAUGACGGACACGGCACAAAUGGGCGACGAUCUGGAUGAGAUCACGCGGUUUGACGGUUCGUUUGGGGAUUUUCAAAAAAAGACAUUCUUCUACCCACUGCCACUGUCACUCCUUUGAUUCAUUCACUAUUUCACAGCUUUCUGAAACAGGGGAAACUAGUAAGAUCACCACUAUUAAUGAGACACUUUUCGAAACACAAUUUAAAGAAGGAAUCUGUUGUCAUACACCAAAACUCACAUUGGCCACGUACUAACUUAACAUUCAUUCAAUUCAUUCAUGAACUCUCUGAAACCGAACUUGUUUUAAACGAAUUAUGUCCCGAAACAGACGGUUUUCAGGAGAAGUAGUGUGCGAGCCGCCGAACAACAAACUCGACAAGUUCACUGGAAAGCUGAUCUGGAAGAACAAGGAGACGGGCAUCACGAACGACAAUAUUCUGCUGAGAGGAUGCAUUCUCAAGAACACGAGAUGGUUAGCUUUGAAAACUUCAAACAUGUUUGAGGGAAAGUGUGAAACAUGUUUCGGUUUCAAAAAAAAUCGGAUUGAUUCCAAAUUUCCAGGUGCUACGGAGUGGUGGUGUUCGCCGGAAAAGACACGAAACUGAUGAUGAACAGCGGAAAGACCAAGUUCAAACGGACCUCGCUCGAUCGAUUCCUCAACAUUCUCAUCGUCGGAAUCGUGCUCUUCCUCAUCGCCAUGUGCCUCAUUUGCACCAUUCUCUGCGCCGUUUGGGAGUACCAGACCGGACGUUACUUCACCGUCUACUUGCCGUGGGACGACGUCGUUCCGAGUCCCGAACAGAGAGGUUUGUACUGCAAUGGCUCGAACUGACUCUUCUUUUGGGCUUUGGAUUCCGCCAACAUCGGUAUCGACUAGUUACAGACAUUAACUGUUUCAAAAACGUAAUAUAAUGUAAGCCUAUCCGUCUUUUCGUUCUGCUCGUUUUAUUUCGCUUCGAGAUGUUUUGCACCUUUCCAAGACGGCCUUAUUCUCUUCUGAAAUUACCAGUCUCCCCUUGUUUUCCCCCAUUUCCGACUGUCAAAUGUCACUUUUCAGGCGGCCGUCAAGUGGCCCUCAUCGCCUUCCUCCAAUUCUUCUCCUACAUCAUCCUCCUGAACACGGUCGUGCCGAUUUCCCUGUACGUUUCCGUCGAAAUCAUCCGAUUCAUUCAUUCGAUGUGGAUCAACUACGACCGUCAGAUGUACUACGAGAACGGAGAGAAAAGUGUGCCCGCGAGAGCACACACGACGACGCUCAACGAGGAAUUGGGACAGGUUUGGCAGCGAACGCGACGCGAAUCUAGUUGAAAUGGAACGGAUUUCAGGUGCAGUACGUGUUCAGCGACAAAACCGGCACGUUGACCAGGAAUAUCAUGACUUUCAAUAAGGUAUUACACGGCGUGGCGGCCUCGGCCAAAUGGCGUUUUCAUGAAUUGAGCAGGUUUUCUCUGAUUUUUGUGGUCAAAUGCGAUGAAAAAUGAUUGUUCGACUUGAAAACACACUAAUUCGCAGAAUUAAUGACGUUUUGGCGCAUUUUUCGCGGACUUUGCUUUUUUGCCUUCGCCGCCUAAAAACCGCACUUCUCAUUUUGCGCUUUCUUGACCGUUUUCAGACAGAAUUGGUUUUGAGAAUGAUAAAUCACGUAAAUACAAUCAUUUUGAGCGCUCGAACCGCGAAAACUACCGAAAAGCAACUGAAAUUCACGCAGUUUUAGCCAAAAACCUUCAAACGGAUAAAUUUGAUUUGCGACUUGACCAAAUUUAACGCUGUUGCGCUUAAAAAAUUCAUAAUAGCCAAUACUAUCGGUCUAUCGAAAGACAAAUGAGAAAUUAUCGGUUCUUCGUGGCUAUUCUGGCAAAAAACACAAAUUUUACUGUUAAAAUUUGAAUUUCGCGCCAAUGUAUCGCUCUAUUGGGCAGGGCGCACUUGCGCGCCCAUUGUCAGCUCUGGAGACGGUGUAUUGGUCGGAAAUGAGCGAGAAUAGGAAAACAAGUGUGUGUUUUUUCAGUGCACAAUCAACGGAAUCUCGUACGGAGACGUUUUUGAUCGAAAAGGAGAGGCCAUCGAACCGACCGACGUGAGUUGUGGUUAAUAGUGAACGUUUUCUGUUUCAAGAAACGCACAUACCAAUUCGUUCUCUCACAGUCAAUGAAACUUUGUCUUUUCAGAAAACUCCGUCGCUCGACUUCUCGUGGAACUCCUCCUCCGAGGCGAAUUUCAAGUUCUACGACUCGAACCUCCUGGAUGCGACACGGCGGCGAGUGCCCGAAGUGGACGACUUCUGGCGCCUCCUGGCCCUGUGCCACACUGUGAUGCCCGAAAGGGACAAGGGCCAACUGGUCUACCAGGCACAGUCGCCCGACGAGGCCGCUCUCACAUCCGCCGCCCGCAACUUUGGCUACGUAUUCCGCGCGAGAACUCCGCAGAGCAUUACGAUCGAAGUAAUGGGAAAGGAGGAGGUGUACGAGUUGCUGUGCAUUCUCGACUUUAACAACGAACGGAAGCGGAUGUCGGUGGUCGUGAGGGACCAGGCCGGCAAGAUCCGCCUGUACUGCAAGGGCGCCGAUAUGAUGGUCAUGCAGAGGAUCAAGGUGCGUACUCGGAGAAGAUAUUAUCUAUCCAAUUCUUUUUUCAGCCGUCGACCUCACCGAUCUUCCGCGACUCCACCACCACCCAUUUGUCCGAUUUCGCGAACAUCGGCCUCCGAACGCUCUGUCUGGCCUACAAAGACAUCGAUACGAACUAUUAUGCGGACUGGAUUGUAUGCACUUAUUUCUGAACACGUUUUCGAAUUCUGAGCAUUUCAGAAGCGUCAAAAUGAGGCUCAAGUGGCGAUGGUCGAUCGGGAGGCCAAGCUCGACGAGGUUUACGAGGAGAUCGAGAAGGGUAAGGCGUGAAACGAAUAAGAGAUCCGACCUAAACACACUCUAUCCAGACAUGACUCUGAUUGGAGCGACAGCGAUCGAAGACAAACUGCAAGACGGCGUUCCGGAGGCAAUUGCGAGACUGGCCGAGGCGAACAUCAAGAUUUGGGUGCUCACGGGAGACAAAACGGUACGGUUAUAGCAGGAAUGGAGUAAAGUUAAAAAUGCACAAAAACACAUUUUCCAAUAUUUUGAAGCAGAGCACAUCUCUGUGUGUCCGAUUUCUGGAGAUACAUUGCAAAAACUGCUGUUUCAAAAAGUUGAUAACACCAUCUUAAUGUCUUUGUUUUCUGCUAAUCCGGCAUCGCAUUGUUUCAGGAAACCGCAAUAAACAUUGCGUACUCGUGCCGUCUCCUGACCGACGACACCAAGGAAAUUGUGGUGGUCGACGGGCAAACGGAACCGGAAGUUGAAGUUCAGUUGAAGGACACCCGCAACACGUUCGAGCAGAUUCUCAAUGCGGUUAGUUAGGCGGUUAGGUGACCAUUUGGAUGGCGUCCGAAAGUUUUGAAGAAUUAGGAACAAAUGUAGUCUCGAGAAACAGUAAAAACCGUCCGUUGUGUGUUGUCAGAAGACGAACAAGAAGAAGAAUGUGCCACGGGAAUUUCAUCGUUCGCCAGAAGUGGAUGAGUACAUAAACGAGAUAAUCCGUCUGUUAGAAGCCGCCGAGAAACGGGUUUGAGAGAGCAUGUUAUUCAGUUGAACGGGGGCGUAUAAUACUUUUAACUAAAACAACAAACAUUCGAAAAUGUCUGAUCAGUUCACUUCAAACUUUUAGCCCACAUCCGAUGGAGGAAAGCCACGGAUCGAGAUCGAAACGAUUCACGAAGAGUCGGAGAUCAUUUCGGCCAGGAGUAUGGACAGUGAGUCGAGGAUUACCAAAGGACAAAAAUAGUCGUAAACUUGUAGGGAACAUAGUGACGCCCGAUUUGAAAGGCGCCGAAAUGGCCGAGAAUGACAACGGCGGAGGUGUGGCACUCGUCAUCAACGGAGAUUCGCUCGCGUUUGCUCUUGGAGCCAGACUCGAACGCACGUUUCUCGAGGUCGCCUGCAUGUGCAAUGUGAGUCAUCAUCCCGCUUUAAGCUCAUCGAGACUAAUCGUUCAGGCGGUGAUCUGUUGUCGUGUCACUCCGCUUCAGAAGGCGCAAGUCGUCGAUUUGGUGAAACGCAACAAGAAGGCGGUGACGUUGUCGAUCGGCGACGGAGCCAACGACGUGAGCAUGAUCAAGACGGCUCACAUCGGAGUGGGAAUAUCGGGUAAGAAGAGUACGGUUUGCGUGAGUACGCUGAGCCCUCACGAUCUAAUGUUUGAGGAGUACGGUUUCAUCAAACUGUGAAUUUUUGCGUUUAGUUCGGCACACAUUCUGUCUGCUCAAUAUGAAGAGAGGUGAAAAGAGCGACAAGCGUGUAAUUUGCAGGUCAGGAAGGAAUGCAAGCGGUGCUGGCGUCGGACUACUCGAUCGGCCAGUUCAAGUACCUCGAACGCCUGCUGCUCGUGCACGGCCGCUGGUCGUACAUCCGAAUGGCCAAGUUCCUGCGCUACUUCUUCUACAAAAACUUCGCGUUCACCCUCACCAACUUCUGGUACUCGUUCUUCUGCGGCUACUCGGCGCAGACGGUCUUCGACGCCAUCCUCAUCGCCUGCUACAACCUCUUCUUCACCGCUCUGCCCGUUCUCGCGAUGGGCUCGUUGGACCAGGACGUCGACGAUCACUACUCGCUGCGCUAUCCGAAAUUGUACCUGCCCGGGCAGUACAACAUCUUCUUCAACAUGCGCAUCUUCAUCUACUCGGUCCUUCACGGAAUGUUCAGUUCGCUCGUGAUCUUCUUCAUUCCGUACGGCGCGUUCUACAGUUCGGCCGCCUCUUCCGGAAAGGAUCUCGACGACUACUCGUCGCUGGCAUUCACCACUUUCACCGCGUUGAUCGUCGUCGUCACCGGACAGAUCGCCUUCGACACGGCCUACUGGACCGCCAUCUCGCACUUUGUCAUCUGGGGAUCCCUAGUUCUGUACUUUCUCGUCGUCUUCCUCCUCUACGAAUGGCUGCCGGUCUCGUGGAUCGUCAAGACCUCCUCGUCGAUCUCGUACGGAGUCGUCUACCGAACGAUGGUCACGCCCCACUUCUGGUUCUCGCUUCUGAUGGUCGUCGUCGUGCUCCUCCUUCCAGUCAUGCUCAACCGAUUCUUCUGGCUCGACACACAUCCGUCGUUUGCCGAUCGCCUCCGCGUUCGACGGAAGAUGGGCAAGAAACCGUCGCAUAAGGAGGACAAAAAGUACGUUACUACUGACUAUUUUAUGGUGGGGCGUUUCUCACACUCGUCAAAUUUGCAGACAAGCGUUCAAGAGAACGGCGGCGACUCGACGGAGUGUGCGUGGAUCUCUGCGCAGUGGCUACGCGUUCUCGCACUCGCAAGGCUUCGGAGAGCUCAUUCUCAAGGGAAAACUGUUCAAAAACGUGGAGAACAUCCGCGGAAGGGGCUCGUCGGCCAAGAUCCAUCCGUCCGAUGACAGCCAGCCGAUGCUCAUCUCUUCGGUGCCCGAUGUGAGUGCUUGCAUUAGAAUAACAGAAAAUAAAGAGAGACAAGUGAAUAGGAGCAUUUUGAAGCGGAAAGUUUAGGAAAAAGUACCAUACGCUCUGAGGCGUGUAUCUCGAAAACCAAUGGUUAUUUCAAAAAGCUUUCAACAAGAAAUUUGUUGGAAAUUUUGUACUGAACAACUUCGCUGUUGAUGAUUUCAUUCAAAAAUGUUUCCUUCUCGAGAUAUGCCCACUUUUUGUCAACAAUGUUCACUAGAAGUGCUUUGAAGACCGAAAUAUGGCACCAAACGGGGUGUUUGUGAGAAAUAAUGUACUACAUUUCUGUGCUUACUCUUGAAAACAUACCUACCAUAGCUUCUAGAAGCGACAUCAUCAUGACUUGCUUGUGAAACUGCAGUUUUCAACUGAUUUUUUCUAAAAAUUUGAUAAAUCUUCAGAACUGUGUUGUUAGAAGAUCCCCCCGUUUCAUGGUGUCCCUAUCAAAUCCCUCACUAAACUGUAACAUUCAUUUUAUAAGGAAAGAUUUUUUUUUCUUUUUCUAGGUGGCUUUCCUUUGAGAAUACCUAGUUCUUUUCCGGGGUUUUUCGCUCAAUCUUCGGUUUGUGCGCUGAAAAGUAAAUAGAAAAAGAUCGCUCAAUCAUUUCCUGAGUCUUAUUUAAAAUUUUCGAGUUACAGAAAGUUCUAUUUUUCAAAGAAAUGCGAAAAAUCCAAAACUUCAUAUUUUCGGUUUUACAAAAAGUGGCUGAUUUUUUCUGAAUUUUGCUGAAUUUUGAACGUUUCUGAUUAUCGAUUUUUUUGGCGUCACGGCACAGAAAAAACAUACAUUUCUUCAAAUAUUGCAAAUAAGUGUGUUCAGUGAAAAAACGAGUGAAUUUUUUUAGAAAUUUGCACGAAAACGGAAAAAAAUCGGAAGAAAGGGGAAUUCCAUCGGGGGACUAGAAAAAUCUAGGCCAGCUCUUCCAUUUCGUCGUGUACUUCUCUCGGUAUCAUUAACUUUUUUGAAAAAAAAAAUCUUAAAAAUCGGGGAUUUUUUUUCGUAAUUCGGGAUUUUGGGAAAGUGAAUGGCUCACUUCGAAGUUUAUUUUAAAAAUUUGUUGUCCACCUUUUUUGUACUGGUGGGGGGUAUUUCUUGAAUUAUCCCUCUUUCUACGCCAACCCAGUUCUUUGCAGGACGGUCAAGGAGCGUCCGGAAUUCCCGCAAUGCACCUUCCAAUGGGCGCUCGGGCUCAAAACGUGGUGCCUCACACGUUGAAUGUAAAUACUGAAGAUUGGUGAGUCAUCAUCUCGAGACUUCUAUUGCAUGUUCCCUUAGAACAAUAACAACAAUAUUGUGACCGUAACCACCACCACUUCUACCGUAAUCUCAUCGUGUGCUCUUCAUUCUCGCAGGUCCCACCACGAAAACCGUCCGUCGUACGUGAAACCGUCGCCACUUCAAGGGACCGUGCUGCGUGGAGACGGACGCCUCCUACGCAAUCGGGUCAUGUCUCGGGAGACACAGGUAUAGCCGAAGACGCAGACUCCGCCCACUUUUUUCCCUCAGUCAUUUUGUUGUGUGUAUUUAUUUGUUUCUAAUUUAUGUAGUUUAGUGAUAGUGAUAGUGUGAUCUGAUUGUCAAAGGGGUCCGGGACAAAAAAGAGUUAUAUCUCAGCUCCCAGUAGAGAUAGCAAAAACUUGUCAACUGAUAAAAUGUUUAUUACACAAUUUUGCACAUUUUAUCAGUUGAAAACUUUUCGAUAUCUCUACCCGCAGCUGAGAUACAUCGCUUGGAAGGUAACAGUUUCAAAAAUCUGUAAUAGUUUCGGCACAGUUGAGUGAAUUCGCUCUACCGACUGAACUAACUGUAACCAAUAGAAAGUUCAAACCUUUUCUCUUUGCCCCGCCCCCUUUUCUACCGUAAUCCUUUCAAUUCUCCAAUCGAUCUCGUUUCGUUUUUCGUUUUUCUCUCAUUGUGCUGUGAGUGAGUGCUUUCCGUUUGUGCUUCAAUUUCCUCUGCUUUCAGUCAAAAAAAGACACCCAAAAAAAAAAGUGAAAUUUCCUACAGGUCGAGCAGCCAGACGUGAUCAUAGAACGACUGUGA